AUGGCGCCAUCGAGCAACACCCAGGCCGACUCUAUUUCUGACCUUCGCAAGCCGAGUGUCUACUUGACAGGACAUGACCAAACCAGCGGCAAGGCCGUCAUCCAGGAAAAACGCCAGCCCCCAUGGACCGUCUACGACGACAAGACCAUGGCCUUUAACGUUGCUUAUACAACCUCGGAGUUCCCGGCGUCCUUGGAUCACGACUUCGACAUCAAAAAGCAUGACCAUCUCAUGGGUAGUAACACUCUAGGCCUCGUCAACCAGAACGACACCGUCUGCCGUAUUGCCGAUUUCGCCCCCGUGUUCGAUUGUAUGAUGCACCGGACUCAGAGUGUGGAUUACGGCGUGGUUCUUGAAGGUUCCAUCGAGCUGGUGAUGGACUCGGGCGACACCGAGCUCAUGCACCGCGGAGACGUGGCUGUGCAGAGAAGCACUAUGCAUGCAUGGAGGAACCCGAGUGAAAAUAAAUGGGCUCGCAUGGUGUUUGUUCUGCAGGACUGCCAAAAGAUCAGCCUUGGCAGACAAGCUCUAGAGGAGGAUCUUGGAAGGGGCGUUGAAGGGCUUCCAUCAAGCAGCAAUGAUGCGUAA